AUGUGUUCAAGUAACCUUCUUCCUCGUUUGAAACGCGAAUUGGAAAUAUUGGAGCGUGAUCCACCUCCAGGCAUUAUAUGUUAUCCUGUUGAUGAUAGUUUAAUGCAUUUCUGUGCACGAAUAAAAGGCCCAAAGGAUACACCAUAUGAAGAAGGUAUAUUCAAAGUAGACGUUGUUAUUCCUCCAAGAUAUCCUUUAGAACCACCCAGAAUGCAAUUCUUGACACCAAUUUAUCAUCCAAAUAUUGAUGAUGUUGGUAGAAUUUGUCUUGAUAUUUUAACAAUGCCUCCUAAAGGGUCAUGGAAACCUUCAUUAAACAUUUCUACUACACUAACAUCUUUAAGCAUCUUGAUGGCUGAUCCGAAUCCUGAUGACCCACUUAUAGCAGAAAUUGCUCGUGAAUUUAUGGAAGAUCGGCCUUUAUUUAACAAGAAGGCAAGGCAAGAAACUUCAAGACAUGCUAUUGAAGAUAAUAAUAGCAAUUUAUCAUUAUCAUCGCCAACAACAAUAGCAAUAAAUGAGAAGAAUAGUAAUAAAUCAUUGACUGAAGAUAAUAAAUCAAUAUCAAAUAUUCAGAACAAUGAUUUAACGAUAAAUGAUGAUGACAAUACUGAUAAGUUAAUAAUAAACGAUCAUAUUGAUAAUAAACUAACAACAACAUUAGAGAACAUAGAUAACGAAUCUUCUUCAUCGAACAUUGAAAAUGUAUUAUCAAAUGAUGAAGUUCAAUUGGAAAUUUCUUGUAAUAACAAACAAAUUGAAGAAAAAUCUAGCUUUACCAUAAAUCCCGAGACAAAUGAAGAUAUAAAAACAACAACAAACAAUGAAUUGUUAUCAAUCAUACCAUCAAAACGCCCCAAAAAGAAAAACCUAUCACUUAGCAGAACAAAAGUUGGAAAAAGAACUCCUUUAGGUGAUAUUAGCAAUCAGACAACAAAAAAUUCAACAACAUGCGAAUCAGCCCCAAUCAAUUCUAAUAUUAUAGUGACUAAUGUUGAAAGUAGCAGUGAUCAUGAUAUUGAUAACAAUGAUAGUGUUAAUAAUAGAAGAUCUGUUGAUGACGUUGUCAAAACUCCUUUAGUGAUGUAA